CAGAUGAUUCAUCCUUGACCUGUUCUCCGCUGAAUCUAUAAACGUCACACUUCAAGCAUGUCUAUAAACAAGACAAAUACAGCAGAUCCAUUGAUCACACAAGAGGCACCAGACCAACCAUCUCAAAGAAACCCUACAUACCCAGUGAGGACAUUCAAGGUGUUUGGAGGUAUACAGAUUGGGUUAGGCGUAAUAUUAGGGAUCAUAUGCCUGAUAGCGGUCAUCACUGAUGCCAUGGGCAUUCAAAAUUUCCAUGACUGUCUCCUGCAUAAUGAACAGUUAAUUAAUGAUAGUAUUAUGUACUGGAGCUGGCGGAGGUACUAUAAAAGUGAGGAGUUAUUCUCAUUUGACAUAGUGUGUUUAAUAUGUUGUGGAUGGUUUGUUCUGACUGGUUUCCUGCCAAUGUGUAUGUCAAGAAAAAGACAAUCAAGUUGGAGAAGUUUGAAAAUUGGGUUUAUGGUGUGCAGUAUUAUUGGCGCAUCAAUUUUUAGUACGACGAGUAUCAUUCUAGGAAUAAACGGAGUACUAUUUAGAUUGUUCUAUGGAGCCAACCCUAUUCUAUCAGCAUUCAUUGUAUUAAUAGCAUUAGUUGAAGCUAUAGUGGCGACCGUUGCUGCUUCAUUUUGUUGCUGCUGUUCACCCUGGGAAAUACCAAGUGAAGGGCAAGCAGUUGUGUUUGUGAAUGGAACACAGCCUGGAAUGAUCACGAAUGCGCCACAGACCCAGGUUCCAAUGGAUAGUCCAAUUCAGAUAACUACUGGACAAACAAUAGUUCAAUAUCCGAGUGCACAACAGUGCCAAAUAGUAAACAAAAACGAACUAUCUUUGGAACAGAUCUCAACUAGUGGCAGACAUCAAACUAGCACUGUAAGUUCGUCAGAACAACAAGUUUUUGACACCUCUCCGCCAGCUUAUAAAGAGUAGAUUACCGUCUGACAAGAAUGAUGUGAUUCAUUAAGCAAAUUAUACUUGAAUCUGUUUGAACUUUUUUAUAUCUUUUUAUGUUUACAUUAAUUAACAUUUUUAACUGUACAGAAUGAAGAUACCUGAAUCUAAUUAUUUUUACUUCUUCUAUUGAAUGCAAAUGUGCUUAUUCAAUAUUUAAGCUGCUUUAUAUAACUGUAUUAUGCAUUUUAUUUGUUUGUAUUUUUUUUCCUUUCUAUUUGUAUUAAUAGUUUUUGAAAGCCUCAGGGAAGAUUAACAUGUCAUUGUUAAAUACAUUACCUGCGUUAAAUAAAGAAUUUUAUUAGUAUUAUUAUAGGUUGUACUGUGUUUAUGAGUCAAUGAAUCUGAUUCAGUAAAGAAUAUACAUGUACAUUCAAAUUGACAUGUUGUUAGUGUAUUGGAAGAAACUGAAAACAAAACAUCUUGUCAAUUUUCAUUAUGGCUUUUUAUUAUUGUUUAGUCUUUCAAUAGUUUAUGGCCGAAGUUGAAAGAAAAAGUAUGAUUUUAGUUUUAAAGAUGCUCAAACAUGUGUAUUAAGGAAUCUUAACUGCUAUUAUAUAAGAAAUACAGUUUUAUAAUAUGUACAAACUAUAUCGAUAUUUUAUUGAUACCUCUACAAUUGUAAUUUUUGAAAAUGAUAGGGCGCAUUAGGCGCUUUAUACUCAUCAUUCUUUAAGCUAUUGAUUUAUAUUGUUUUAAAGGAAAUUCACAACGAGCUUCAAUUGAAUUGUUUCAAAAGGACGUUAUUAAUUUUGAUCAAAAUUGUUUGUCUUUUUUCCUUUUUCCAAAUAAAUAAAGGAUUCAAAAUUUCAUUUAUCUAUAAACAUUAAGUCACAUGUUUGGAAAUACAACAUGAUGGAAUUAUUAACUUUUUGUACACCCUUGAAGCUGCAAAAUGACAAUUUUAAAAAAAGAUAUCAAGAUUGUUUAGUAUGAUAGUCAUAGGGUGAAAUAAAUUCAGGGGACAUUCUUUUUACCUUUUUAUACAUUAUUUCUUCGCGAAAAAAUCAAAUUAUAGAUUUAGUGAUAUCAAUAUGUCAAAGAGAGAACUUCUUAAUAUUUUAUGUCAUUGUAUUCUUUUCAUACUAUGUUAUUGUAUAUGUUGUAUUUGAAAAAUAAAUUGUUUAUGCAUUCAUUAAAACUUAUGGUAGAACUAAGGUUUUAGCAACAAAGAAAAAAAAUAAAUUAAAAAAACCCAACAAUAUUUCGCCAUACUGAGCAAAAAGUGUAGUUAUAAAUUGUUAUCUUAAAACAUGAUGAAAAGGACAGGUCAUCACACUUUCUUUCUAGCUAUUGAAUGUGAAAUUAUAUAUU